GCCGGGCCUGCCGGCUGGCGGGGGCUGCGGGACACGGGCCGCGGCGGAGCGGGGGCUGCCGGCGGAGAGGCCGUUCCCAGCGGAAGCUUCCCUUGCCGCUGCCAGGCUUUCCUCUGCGGCGUGCAGGCCUGCCGGAGGAUAAACAGUGGUAAAGCGGUGCUAACCCUGGAAAAUCGGAACUGGGAGUUUGCGUUUCCAGAGCGUAACAGUCGCCCACGUACCAGUGUGAAACGCGCUGUGUACCUUUAAGCGCGGCCACACUAUGCACUGUGACUAAUUGCUUCAGUAAUUACUACAGUUACAGUGUAACUAACUCCAUUUCCUCACAAAACACUGCCUUUUUCCUUCCAGCCGCUUCCUCUUGGCUGGUGUAUACCAUCAGUGCAAAACACAGAAUGAAUACUUCAGAUAGGAAGUAUAUUUCCGUUUCUUCUCCACACACUUGCAACAAGAGUAAAAAACGUGUUCCUCAAGACAUACUCAUGCAACCAGAUUUCCACCCUAUGAACUGGAAAAGGCCGUCUGUAAGCAAAGGGGGCUUUGCCUCAAGUCUGCAUGACUCCCAGGAAUCUGACUCUGAAAGCCUUGUUCAGGAGAGGCAGUAUCAGAUAGAACUCCAGCAGCGGAUUCGUGAAAAUGAAGAGCUGGUAGGACUGUAUUCUGAUGAGUUGGAGAAUGACAGCUUAGAAGACAGCUUGGAGGAGAUCAGCUUAACAGAGCAGGAAGGAGCUGAGUAUGGCACAAACCAAUAUAUAAAUGGAAUACUAAAGAAUGAUGGUAAUGGAAGGAAACAACAGGCUGUGGACAAAUAUUUCAGCCUAAGAUACAAUCCUAACUGGAAGAACACAAAAGAGGUAGCAGAGUUUUCUGAGGCAGAAAAAGCAUGUCAGGUUGCUGGAGGAAGCGUUGUAGACUUUUCACAAGAUUCAUUUUACCUUCAUUCCAAUGGGUCCCCAGAAGAAAAGAGUCAACAGGAGGCAAAGUCACAAGACUCGUUCUCAGAGUUUGGUACAGAAUUACUAAGCCUUCACGAACCAAAUGCUGUGGUCAGCAAUGAACCUUUUAGGCUACAUACCAAAGGGAAGGAAUCUGCAGAUGGCCGUCAUUUCAAAGACAGUCCCAGUUCACAUGGCAGUGCUGCUUCUCUUCAAGAUCGACCCCAAAGAGCAAAAAAAAACUUUGUGGAAAAAAAUAAACAGACUUUAGGAUUACGUUCAGAGAAGAUAAAUUCCUAUCUUCAAUUACACAAUAAAAAGCAAGAAGUUCUUCAAGAGCAGGUUACAGAUCCAAAAGCUGUCGAUGUAGAACCAGUUCAGAGUGUCCUACCAAUCCAGACUAUGAAGAUGGAGCGUGAAGACAAACGGUACCUGAAAGCACAGCAGCUCAAGGAUCACCAAAAUCAGUCCUGCCAGAGAAAUAAAAUAAAAUCCAACCACAGUCUCAAAGGGAGAGAUUUUCCAGGGAAUGAAAGCAAACAACCACCAGGAAGACCAGCAGAACCAAAGUCUUGGCACCACAGGCACCACCAAAUAUCAGAAAUUCACACUGCUCCCAUGCAGGCAGCGGAGCAAGAGAACAGCAGCACACUGCAGAAAUGGCUGUAUCCAAGUCCUUCUGUCAGCCCUGACGCCAAUACAACAGCAAAUUCAGAUACUUCCUUAAAUAAUUUCCUGAAUUCAAGACAUUUUGUUAAUCAGGAUUUUACCACUUCUACCUGUCCUUUUCACCCAACAUUCCAUAAAUUUAACCCAGCAGAGGUUAUGUCUCCAGCAUAUACCAGCAAAGAGAACAAGAAAUAUCAGCAUGAUUCUCCAAAUGGAUUUCCACAUGACCAAGAACAUUUAUACAACCAUGACACUGUGCAGCUUUUUUCAAGAGGUAACAGUACCAAUGGUCAAGCACAUCCAAAUCAGAGGAAUAUUUCAUCCACUUCUAACGCCAAUUUUCAAGAACUGGUGAAGGUUCAAGUAUCACUUCAGGAUUACAAAAGACACAUUUAUGUGGAUAAAAGUUCACCAACAGCCACUUGUACAACCUCCCAAUUUACACAAACAAUGGAGCGACAUCAGCAAGAAAUCAUUAGUUUGACAGAAGAUCACUUUGAUGACAGACACUUGUUCAGCCUACUUCCACCUAUUCCACAGGUAGAAAGUGGUCCAGAGGUAGAUCCGGAGAGCAGUGAAGGAAAUAAAGUGAAAAUAAGCAGAAGCGACUCAGAAGGCUAUCUCAUGCAAAUGGAAAAGCAAAAACAACCUAAAGUCAGCAAGAAGCCAUGUAGCUCAAAAGCCUACAUAAAUCUGAAUGUGAAGCUUGGAGGCCUUGGACCUGACUAUGAAGCAAUCAAAGAGAAGAAAGAGAAGUUAAAGCAACAAAAGGAAUAUGCAAAGCAAAUUAAGGAACACAAUAUGAAGAGCAUUGCUUCAGUUCAGAGGUUACCUACAAAACCCCAGGUCAUAUCUUCAGUGUCAAGACAGAAGGCACUGGAGUAUGCUAAGAAGAUUCCUAGACCAAAGACUUUCAUGGCAAGACAAUCAGAUGAAGAGGUGAAAGAGGAGAGAGUUCUGCCACAGACUUUAUAUGGAGACAGUUUACCUCAGAUUGCAUCCUUGGAAACUUUGCAAAAUAGACACGAGAAGGAGAAGCAAGUUGUAGCUGCUUUCAGAAGCCUUCAUGUUUUAUAAAUAGUUUGAAAUUAGUAGGGAUAUCUUCAAGGCAAAAAUGUCUGAACUAUUUAAUGAUGAACUGUGACCAUCACAUAUUGAUUUACCAUUACACUGAAAUAUAAAGCGGCUCAAGUUUAAUCAUUGUUAAAUUUUAGAAUCAAUUCUACUAUAUGUAAUUUUAAAAAAUUGAAACAGUUGCAUAUGUAGCAUUUUAAAUAUGAUCACCUCUGUUGUUAUUUUUCUUUGGAAUCAACUGAUCUGGCAGUGGCAUCUUUCAGACUAAUCAGCUGUUGGCUUGCUGCAGCUGAUACAUUUUUAGACAUGUCAAACAUACAGGCAUAUCUACAAAACAUUACAAAUAAACAUCAGUUUCAAUUGAUGAACCUAAUACCAGCAAUAUUUCUGGUUUUUAAAUGCAGAAGAGACUUUGGCAGACUGUCCAGAAAUAAAGCCAAAAAUAAUCCAUUACUGGUAAGAACAAAAACAAGAAUGUGCACUAAACAUAGCAGUUGGUAAUGUCACAAUAGUAAUUGUUCAAAUGUUACUCUGUUAUCUGUUAGUGAAUACUUGUCACAUCAAGAACAAAAUUUUGAAGCUUCAUCUGGGACAAGAAAAUUCAAAACAAGUACUGGCUAAUCACGCAGACAUUCUGUUACUAGCCAGAAGCAGUUGGAAAAUAUAUUGAGUAACUGAGGAUAAUUGAGAACUACAUGUUUGAGAGGAAACAGCUUUUAACAGAUUAAAUCUAUAAAAAUAACAACAAACAGAUGGGUUUGUUACGAAGGUUCCGUUUCUUUAACUUAGUAAAUUAUGAAUUAAGUCAACAUAUGAAAUGUGAUUAGAACACACAGCAAGGGAAUUUUGAAGAAAACACUAAAAUCUCUUAGAAAAUAGGCUAGUUAAAAAACAAAAUCAAAACCACCACCUUGUGAUUAUGUGUAAUUGCUUUAUCCAAUUUAUUAGGUUGCUUUUUCCAUGGGAGGGGAGAGAAAAUGAGUCUUU